AUGGGUUCAUGCUUGAGCUCGGAGUCGACAGGAGAUGCGGAGCAGAAGAAACACAGCCAGGCGAUCGAUCGCAAAUUAGAGGAGGAUUCGCGGCGUUUACGGAAGGAAUGCAAGAUCCUACUACUGGGAUCCGGCGAAAGCGGAAAGUCCACGAUUGUCAAACAGAUGAAGAUCAUUCACCAGAAUGGCUACUCAACGGAGGAACUGCUCUUAUAUCGCAUCACGGUCUAUAAGAACCUCUUGGAUUGCGCCAGGUCCAUCACUGGAGCCUACCGGCAGUUUAGUCUGGAGCCGUCGAGCCAGAAAGUUCGCGAUUAUAUCAAAUACCUUGACAACUACAAUAUCGACCCCGACCCGACCAAAUUCCUCGAUCCGGAAGUAGGGGACGCGAUCACAUACCUCUGGAAUGACCCGUGCACGUCGACAGUUCUGGAGCAUCAGAAUGAGUUCUACCUGAUGGACUCUGCGCCAUAUUUCUUCGAGGAAGCGAAACGGAUCUCGUCGCAAGGAUACACCCCGAAUGUCAAUGAUGUGCUUCGCGCGAGAACAAAGACCACCGGUAUCUACGAAACACGGUUCACGAUGGGCCAAUUGAGCAUACACAUGUUUGACGUUGGCGGCCAACGAAGUGAGCGGAAGAAGUGGAUCCAUUGUUUCGAGAACGUCACUUCGAUCAUCUUCUGUGUGGCAUUGAGUGAGUAUGAUCAGGUACUCCUCGAAGAAAGCAACCAAGUAAGCUCCACCCCGUGUCGCGCGACGAGACCUGAUGCUGAUGUGCUUUCGCAGAACCGAAUGAUGGAGAGCUUAGUGCUGUUCGAUUCCGUCGUGAAUUCCCGGUGGUUCAUGCGGACCAGUAUCAUCCUCUUCUUGAACAAGGUCGAUCUGUUCCGCCAGAAACUCCCUCGGUCGCCGUUGAGCGAUUAUUUCCCCGAUUAUCUGGGCGGGAACGACGUCAACCGCGCUGCCAAAUAUCUGUUGUGGCGGUUCAACCAGGUCAAUCGGGCUCAUUUGAACCUUUAUCCCCAUCUGACCCAAGCGACCGACACGACGAAUAUCCGCCUAGUAUUUGCGGCUGUCAAGGAGACAAUAUUGCAGAACGCCUUGAAAGACUCGGGCAUCCUCUAG